UGUGUUUGCUUUCCUCCAGCAGGUCUCUCUUUUGGAUUUGAAUCUGCGGGUGAGGUUUCAUUUGCAGAACUGGCAAAGGGUUCAGGUGAAUUAGCAUUUUGCAAAAGAGAUGAUGAUUUCUCAUGGUCAGGCGCAGGAGCCACAGUCUUUGGAAGCACAGCGACACAAAAUGAAGGAGAAAAGGCUCGCAGUGAAGCAGAAGAGGAGGGCAGUGAUGAAGAGACGACUCAUAAUGAGGAGAUCCACUUUGAGCCGAUCGUGUCUCUGCCUGAGGUGGAGGUGAGGUCUGGUGAGGAGGACGAGGAGAUCCUGUUCAGAGAAAGAGCCAAACUGUACCGCUGGGACCGCAAGCUCAACCAGUGGAAGGAGCGCGGCGUGGGAGACCUCAAGAUCCUCUUCCACCCGCUGAAGAAGAGCUACCGCCUGCUGAUGAGACGCGAGCAGGUGCUCAGAGUCUGCGCCAACCACAGCAUCAGCCCGAGCAUCGAGCUCAAGCCCAUGAACACCUCGGCUAACUCUCUGGUGUGGACCGCCACCGACUACUCAGAGGGAGACGGGAAAGUGGAGCAGCUGGCGGCCAAGUUCAAGACUCCAGAGCUGGCGGAGUCCUUCACACGAGCCUUCACAGACUGCCAGAGCCGCAUGUCUCAGACUGACGCCGCUCAGACGUCUGCCGCCGAGGCGCUGUCUCGAGACUCCAACCCUGUGGUGUUCUUCGACAUCACCGUAGAUGACGAGCGUGCUGGGAGAGUCGUCAUGGAGCUCUUCGCUCACAUCCUGCCCAGAACGGCGGAGAACUUCCGGGCUCUGUGUACGGGAGAGAUGGGCUUCGGUUACCGCCAGUCCGUCUUCCACAGGAUCAUCCCGGACUUCAUGUGUCAGGCUUUCAGAUCUUUUGCAGAUGCCUUCACGUCAAUUUACAUAAACACUCAGUCAGUUGUGUAUCACCGAACAGGGAUGAUGGUAGCAGAUUUUAAGCAGGGUGGGAUGAUGGCUGAUGUCAGUGAGAGGCUGAAGAUCUUUGUGAAGACCCCGGGGAGCUGGUUGUACAAGGAGCUCCAUUCGGUCACUACGAGUCACGUCAUGACCGACGAAGUGGGACCUUGCUUUGAGAGACGAGUGUAA